AUGAGGACUGUGGGAGAGUUGUGGUGGGAUGGGGUCAGGGGCCCCCUGAAGUUCAGAGGGCUCUUGGUGGGUGAGCCAGCCCCUCAUGGGUUCUUUGUGCCUCUCCAGCCCGGUAGCGUGGCAGGCAAGGCAGGUGCCAUGGCCUUGAUCGAAGGGGUAGGUGAUGAGGUGACCAUCCUUUUCUCGGUGCUUGCCUGCCUUCUGGUGCUGGCUCUCGCCUGGGUCUCAACGCACACUGCCGAGGGCGCCGAUCCACUGCCCCAGCCGUCAGGGACCCCAACACCAACGCAGCCCAGUGAAGCCAUGGCGGUCAUGGACAGCAUCAGAGGGGAGGCCCCAGGAGCUGAGACCCCCGGCCUGAGACAUCGAGGUCAGGCGGCACCACCAGAACCCGGCGUGGGGCUCGCAGCAACGCCGCCACCUCCGGACUCCCCCCAGGAGCCCCUCGUACUUCGGCUGAAAUUCCUCAACGAUUCUGAGCAGGUGGCCAGAGCCUGGCCCCACGACACCAUUGGCUCCUUGAAAAGGACCCAGUUUCCCGGCCGGGAACAGCACGUGCGACUCAUCUACCAAGGGCAGCUACUAGGAGACGACACCCAGACCCUGGGCAGCCUUCACCUCCCUCCCAACUGUGUCCUCCACUGCCACGUGUCCACACGGGUGGGUCCCCCCCUCCCGCCCUGCCCACCGGGGUCCGAGCCAGGCCCCUCAGGGCUGGAAGUAGGCAGCCUGCUGCUGCCCCUGCUCCUUCUGCUGCUGCUUCUGCUAUGGUACUGCCAGAUCCAGUACCGGCCCUUCUUUCCCCUGACCGCCACUCUGGGUCUGGCCGGCUUCACCCUGCUCCUCAGCCUCCUGGCCUUUGCCAUGUACCGCCCGUAGUGCCUCCACGGGCUCUUGGCCACGCCACCGGCCUCUCGGGACCUUGCUCGCCACGACAAGGUGGGAGCUGCUGUCUGCCCAGGCCCGCCUCUCCGACCUGCCUCUUCCCACUACCCUGGAGCCCAGCGCUGCGCGGCAGAGCACUCCGAGGGGCGGCGGAAGCCCCUCCCUGUGACCUUCAUGGCUCUGGGCCACCUCCCGGGGCAGCUGGCCCUCAGCGCCCCCUGACAGUGGGCUACCCCGAGUCAGACAGCUGCUGUCGUUGCCUUGGCCCUGGACAGAGCGGGGCCACGCCCCUGGGCCCUUAGGGCUCAGCCUGAGGACCUGGGCACCUCUUAGUCCCGGAUCGCUCCUUGGCUGGUUUGGGGGCCCGAGGACUGGGAAGGGCUGGAGAAGGGGAGUCGGGAUGGGUGGAGGGGGCUUUCUGGAAC